AUGCUUCCACGAACGCAACGCGGUGAUCGAGAGACCCCAGAAUCCACGAAUAGUGCGACAAGUCUCGCGAAGAACGAACGAACGGGCCGCGUUGCCUGGGGGUCUACGACGAAUAUCGAGCUUAAGGUAAUCAAUCGCUGCGUCUGCCACAAAGCGGAAGAUGGUCAGGAGGAAAUUAACGUAGAGCAGACAACAUCACCGACAGCGUCCAUCCCCACGCAUGCACAUGCACACGGAAGAAGCACCGCACUCCCGCCCAAAGGCAUCCUGAAGCACCCCACGAAACGAUUCCCAUUUGAGGAUCCAGUCGCCGUGCAGCGCGCCACGGGUCUUCGGUUCGAGGUGGGCAAGCUGUCGUCGGAGUUCACACUGGACGAUCCGGAUAUGGUCGAGGUGCAUGCGUACAAGCAGAACAGGGGAGGAAAGCAACCCCGGGAUUCGAUGGUGGUGGUGGAUGAGGCUAGAACGCGAGCAAGGAAGAGAUUCCUGUCAGAGAGAGGGUCCCGGGAGGCUCUGCUGGGCGAGGAAAGGAUUUGA